AUGACAUCGUCAACGUUUCUCAACGUCUACUCGGGACCGGAUGCCAUUCAACAGUACUUUGACCCGGAUGUUCAUCCGCCUUUACCACUCGUCGAAGUGCCACAGACUCUAAACCCUUACUACCAGGAUGGCGUGAGAAUCUUCGCUAAGAUGAUGUCAAUGCACCCAGCGAACAAUGUUAAGAUCAUGCCAGCAAUGAACAUGCUCGAGAAAGGGGUCCAGCAGGGCAAAACGAAAACUGUUGUCGAGUACUCAUCUGGUUCUACCGUCAUCUCUCUAGCCUUGGCUUCCCGCGUUUAUCAUCAAAUUCAGGACGUUCGGGCUUUUCUUUCAAACAAAACUACGACCCCGAAGCUUAGGUUGAUGCAGUUCUUCGGACUGGACGUGUGGGUGCUGUCCAACACAUUGUUUGGUGGCCCAAGCCAACCAGAGCCACUUGACGAACGAGGUGGCAUACACCGGGCGCGAUUAUUAGCGCAAGAGGAUGAACAAGUUCUCAACGCGAACCAAUACGAGAACGACGGGAACUGGCAAUCGCACGUCAAGUGGACCGGUCCGCAAAUCCACAAACAACUACCGAAUAUCAACGUGUUAUGCGCUGGCAUGGGAACCUCGGGCACUAUGACUGGGCUGGGGCAGUAUUUCAAGCAGGCUAAACCCUCGGUAACCCGACUGGGGGUAUGUACCGCAGCGGGAGAUCGAGUACCCGGGCCGAGGUCAUAUGCCCUUCUUGCUCCUGUUGAGUUCCCUUGGCGUGACUCGGUCGAUGCAGUGGAAGAGGUCGGUUCGAAGGAUGCGUUUAGUCUUUCGCUGCAGCUCUGUCGGGAGGGCUUGGUUUGCGGCCCAUCAUCGGGCUUCAACUUGCAAGGCUUGUUCAAUUACCUUGGAAAGCAGAAAGCCGCAGGCACUCUUUCCGAGCUUUCUGGCGCGGACGGCUUGAUCAACUGCGUUUUCAUUUGCUGCGACCUACCGUACCAGUACAUCGAUGAGUACUUUGACAAAGUUAGCAGCGAAAGUUUCCAUCCUAUCAAGAAUCAGAAUCUCGCCGCCGUAGAUCUUCCGAGCCCUUUCUUCGAUGCCGAAGCGUUAGAACGGCAAUGGAAAGAGAUCGAUAAUAUGCUGUCUCCGAACACGAUUUGCGCAUACGAUCUUGCUGGGAAGAAUGUCGGUGUCAUCUGCUACAAUGGCGAUACAGCUCGUGUCGCCACAAGCGUACUGCGAGCUAGAGGUAUUGUAGCGAGUAGCAUCAAGGGGGGCUUCGAAGCGUUAACGGCAGAACUACCACAGUUGCGAAAGAACAGUCGGCUGUCUUUCCAGCAAUGGUCAGAAACAACUAACGCGACGCCUUCAAGACCGGAACCUGAGCUGCUUUCAUCCGAUGCUGGUCCUCGGCAUGAGGUCAUCGUGAACGCUCCGUAA